GCGGAGAGGACUAGCGUUUCUGAAGCGUGGACUGUCGUUUUAGUGCAUAAAUUUGUGGAACAAGACAAUAUUACCUGCAAUUGCGUCAGUCACUGCUUGCUCCGUUACACCAAGAUGAAGAAAACUGGCCAAGGCCGAUGAGGUAUCAAGAGCCUAAGAGUGCGUGGGCCUAUUAAUGUUGAACCAACGGGAAUACUUAACAUCAGCUACAUCUGACAAAAACAAAAAAAAAAGUAGCAGCUUCGGUACUUCAGGGUACCCGUAGAACCUAGUGGGUUUGAUUGUAUGCGUGGGACACAGUUGAGCGAUCAGGAAAACGGAAUUAGGCCGCGCCUCGUGACAUCGAGAUGGUAUGGAAGAUACUUAUCAUGUAUCAAACCGCAUUUAUUUAUAAUCUUGAAGUGGUACACUAGCACCCUUGAGCAGCAAGAUAUUUGAAAACAUCGAUUGAUUCUUUUACUAACGGAUUUAAAUUUAUAGUAGCUCAUCGUUACGAUUCUUACACAAGGUCGUCGCUUACACGACUGGCUAGCUGGCUAGUCGGACCCAAAAGUAAUAAUAAAACCAGGAUUACGACGCGCUACUUCAUCACCAACGAAAUACUGUGUAAGAUGACGAGAGGGCCUUUCGAUGAUGAUGAUGAUGAUGCCCUUUUACGGGCUUCGAUUGCUAUAACGGAGAAGUAAUAUUGUUAACAGUUAGUUGAAUCGUUCCGCUUGACAUGCAGAAAGAGAAGUUACAUGCGUAUGGGCUUUAUACGGAUAGAUGAUCUAUCCUGGCUUCGAAGUGCUUGCUUUUUGAUGCAAAAGAGAAGGCUGUUUGAAUGAAGUGAUUGAUACGCAAGGUAAGUAGAAGAAAAGCCUUGCUGGCCCUCCUAUCGUCUCUGACGUACUGGGCUUUCGCAGCCCUGGCUGGCAGGAAGUAUAGGAUACGGUGUAAAGGUCUUUUGGAUCCAUCAAUCAUUACGGCCAUCAAAACAAAUCUAGAAAGUUUCUUCUGCCCAAGUGAGUCUUUCUGUGGCAACAGUCAGCUGAACUGGAUCGCCGGAUGCAUGCGUGACAAAGCCUAUGACGAAUUGUUUUCGUGACCGCCAUUGUAUAGUGGAACGUUUCUCGGUUCGGUGUGAAUAUCGCUACGCUAUAAACGCUAAAUUUGACACUGAGCAUAUCAGGAAAACACAACGUAUUUCAACAGCUAUACACUCAUAGAGACGUGUCCGUCACGCUCUAACAGCAACGAGAGUUUAGGCUUCGUUUUAGUUUCUCAUUGCUUAUUCCCCAAAUACUGUCGAAGUUCUAUGCGAAGUCAUUGCUUCUGAGCUCGCGCCGUGUAGAGUACACUUGCGGAAGUUCACCGUGCGACACGUUCACCUGCUGCAGUCAAACUAACCGAACGCUAUGUCUGGGCCCUGAUGCCGCAAGUACUUUUUAUUAUUUCUAUUAUUACAGCAUGAGACAUUCACACAGAGUGCGGGUCGACUGACGGACCGACCUCUACUAGUUGCUGCUGCUGCGGCCAUUAUUAACGCAUUCAUCAUGCAUCCACGCCGCUACAUUCCACGUGUUCAGACAGCAGCAGUCUAGAGGCUGGAGGGUGACUGAGGCCGUUCUUUCUAUCUCCUCCAAUAUCAGCUAUCACAGACGGACGAGCUAGACACCGGCGGCGCUCUAACAACGAGCUGAAACAGCCGGCCAGCUCGGCAGACAAGUAAAUACUCGGUGGGCGACAGUCCCGUCUGUUAACGAGAUCGAUUUAUCGAGCGGCUUUGUGAACUUUCGAGGCUUGUUUUUAGUUAAAUCGUGUUGUGGCUAUCUCGUGAAUUACGUGUGAGUGUGUGCCUGUUUGUCAAUAGUAUAAUAGGAUAACAAAUCGUAGUCGUACGGCUUUUACCAUCGUCGCUGGGUUUAAGUUCGCCGGAUGCUCUCACUGCUGAUAUUAGAAACGCCGAUGUUCUUCAUCGUUACGUAAUUCAGUGGAAAGUGAAGCUAGUACCAGACAUGUCUUUAUCGAUCAUUCAAUGUCGGUCAUAUCCUGUAUGUUCAUACAUGAAGAAAGUAUAAGACGAUAUUUGCGAGUGAGAAAUAAACGUAAAACGGCAAGCAAGCGGAUAGACAUGCGUUACUGUUGUAAUCGGAUAGUGAGAAAGUUUGUUUAGCUGAUUCGCGGAUCGAGAUGUCGGGCUACAUAUGUGUGUGUGCUUCAUAAAGAAUAUCUCUGUGGGGACAUGUUGCACAUGUCUAAAGCAAGCCAUCUUUACACACGCACACAUCACUGACAGCUCACAGCUAUGGUACCUACGAAAUUCCAUACGAACCGUGGUAUCUUAUGGAUCGUAGAUAAUCCGUAGACCCCAGGUUGUUUUUAUGAUACUAGCAUACUCAUGCACGAAGCGUUAUUGCUAUAUACAUCCCAUAUGAUGAGUUGUAACUAGCAGAAUCAGUCUACAAGGAAAUGGUGUACAUUCUACGAUCUGCAUUGCUAUAGUUCAUCAUGGCAUAGGCGGUCACUGAUCUACUCUGUCGUGCUACUCAUGAGUGGACACAUCACGACCUAGAGCAACCGGAGCAGGCUACUGGGGCGCAAAAUACAGAAAUACAAUAUUUUAUGUUCAAGCCUCCUUUCUAUAUUACAUUUGCGGAAACCAGGGUACAUGAAUUAUUAGGACACAGGCGUUUCUAACUCGCCCAAAAAAGGUCGCCCCGUUUUCGAGGAUGUAGUCCUUCCGAAUGCUAGCCACUACCAGAGCGGUCGUUACGAAGAGUCGCAGCAAUGACAGCAUAGCUGAUCAGAAAAGUUUGGAAAUUUCUACGUUCGUGUAAAAGUUUCAUGUCCGGUACUGUCGUUUAGCAUAAUUUUAGGCGGCUAAUCACCAGCAUGAAGCGUUGUGUCCUCGCCCAGUGUUGAACCUAGACCAUUUAAAAGCUCGUCAGUUCACUAGAAAACACGUUAUCAGUACACUAUCACGAGGACAUCGCAAACCCAUCUGGGAGAUCUAGGACCCAUUGACAAUAAUGCAUACAGCCGGCUUGCUACUAGGUCAGCGCAACGCCUACAACUUGUGUCUUUCGUUGUAAAACUGAUAUCGGGCCUGCGCAAAGAAGAGAGAAACAGCAAAGAAGCGAUAGUACACUAGCAUAGAGCUGAAGGCAGGCCAAGGGACAGCUGUCACUCAUUUAAUAUUUGCUUUCGCUCUACUUAAGGACACUGUGAUAGGCCUACUUCAAACUGUGUGCAUUCACUGAAAUCUAUCUGAAAUCAUCCAGCCGUGCAAUCAGUGUAAUCCCAGCAUGUGGAUGAAAUCUUGUGUCCGAACCGAACAGGAGUACCACUUUGAGGAUUGCUGUUAAUAUUGCCGUCCGCUGAAAGCUUCACCAAGAAGUGUGGCACGAAGACUCAGUCAAUAGGAAAAAAGAAUCUAAGGGGGAAGCAAGCCACAUGAUAUUAGUUACAGAAAGCCAUUGACAUUAAUGUAUCUAUGUUUUUGUGUACGGUAAUGGAAUGCUUCGAUUAGCAGAAAAAAGAAGAUUAUCGCCACCAUAGAUGGAUGCGCCUUCGUCUCGGAACUACUGACUUGGAGUGUGCGGGAUCUAUUCUGCAUAGCCAAGACCAUACGAAGGCGUCGUUGCGAAGAUCUGUGAGGAAUAAUCGACAGAAGUCAACGUUACGAACAAGCAAACGUGCGGAAAGAUUGAGGAAAAUCUCCGUACCGUAUAACAAAUUUAGUGUUUUAGACUUGUACAACUAUAAGGUCUUUAAGUGUGCAAAGGUCAAGCGACAAGCCAACUCAGUCACAGAGAUGUCAACGACCCGCUUCACCGUACUUCGCACGACAAACAAGUCCUUGCUAUGUGAGGACUCAGCCGACAAGCGAUAUGGCUCUACGGAAGUCGACCAUUCAUACGGCGUCACAUACAAAUCACCCUCACCUAACGGACAAUCAUCGCACGAUAUUCAUCCAAAGCUCAAGGGUGGGGACGUUCGCGAUCAACACCGACGGCCUCUAUUAGGCGAUUCGAUGGACCCCCAGUCGAUCGAGGCUGGCGGAGCUGGAGCAGGCGAUGGAGGCAAUCUCACGAGCUAUGAAAGGAAUCUCUACCUAUACCACGAGGAAUGCCCAGAUCGUCCCAGGGUAGCUACACUGCUCAGCAGUUUGGCCGACUAUGACGCCGUCAUUCCCGCUAAUCCCGGAGAAGAUCCACCUCCUGCUGCCAAGAAGGCGAACCUUGGGACGAUCGCGGGCGUAUAUUUCCCCUGCAUCCAGAACAUCUUCGGUGUGAUUUUCUUCAUUCGGCUUGUGUGGAUUGUGGGAACUGCCGGAGUACCUGUUGCCUUCGUCGUUGUCUUCCUUUGUUGUUCAGUCACGUUCACAACAUGCAUCUCAUUGUCUGCAAUUGCCACAAACGGCAUAGUUCCAGCCGGCGGAUCGUACUUUAUGAUAUCUCGAUCACUGGGUCCCGAAUUCGGUGGUGCUGUAGGGAUAUUGUUCUAUUUAGCAACUACGGUAGCCGCUGCUAUGUAUGUUACCGGAGCAGUUGAGAUCUUUCUGAAUUAUUUAUGUCCGGAGUUUGGACUUUAUGGCGACUUUCGAGCGGACUCACAAGUUAUGUACAACAAUUUUCGAACGUACGGAACGGUUCUUCUUAUAAUCAUGACGUUCAUCGUCUGGAUUGGGGUCGCGUUCGUAUCAAAACUGGCCCCCAUUGCACUAUUUUGCGUCCUUGCCUCCAUUCUCUCCGUUUUCGUCGGUGCCUUCGUCAACUUCGAUGGGAAAACCGACCUUCUGUACUGCAAACUGGGCGACCGUAUCUUGUCCCAAAACGUUAAAGAGUUCAACUGCACGAAGGAAAGCGAGGCUCUGCGAAGCCUCUUCUGUUUAACCAACAACACUCGAACAUAUUGCGAUCCCUACUAUGAGAGUCAUGACGUUCAAGAGGUUAUCUCGGUGCCCGGAAUCAGCAGUGGAGUGUUCUUUGAUAAUCUUCCUAUAAACUUCAGAGAAAAAGGUCAGGUCGUGUCGACGAAUCCUGAUGACGACGAGCACUUGGAAGAAACUAAGAAAAGAGCCUUUAUUGUCUCCGAUAUUACGACUACAUUCACAUUCUUUGUUGCCAUUUUCUUCCCAUCAGUUACAGGUAUCAUGGCAGGCUCAAAUCGAUCCGGUGAUCUGGCAGAUGCUCAAAAAUCGAUUCCUACGGGAACACUGGCAGCACAGAUUACGACAUCAAUCGUUUACCUCGCUGGUGUUUUUCUAUUUAGUGCCGCGUUCGACAACGCUUUUCUUCGUGACAAAUUCGGCGACAGUGUUAAAGGGCAAUUAGCAGUGGCUCAAUUAGCGUAUCCACAUCCCAUGAUCGUAGUCGUGGGAUCACUUCUAUCCACCAUCGGUGCUGGAUUACAAUCGCUCACUGGAGCACCACGUCUGCUACAAGCAAUCGCUAAGGACGGGGUAAUUCCGGUACUUAACCCGAUGGCUCUCUCAUCGUCUCGAGGUGAACCCGUACGGGCCUUACUCCUGACGGCAUUCAUCUCUGAGCUGGGCAUUCUGAUCGGCAAUCUCGAUCACAUCGCACCUAUCCUGACCAUGUUCUUUCUUAUGUGCUACAUGUUCGUUAACCUUGCGUGCACCUUACAAUCAUUGCUGCGUACGCCCAACUGGCGUCCGAGAUUCAGAUACUACCACUGGUCAUUGUCCCUAAUCGGAGCUCUACUGUGCCUCGUUGUUAUGUUUCUUUCGUCAUGGUACUACGCUCUUAUGGCUAUGGCCAUUGCUGGCAUUGUCUACAAAUACAUCGAGUACAGGGGGGCAGAAAAAGAAUGGGGAGACGGCCUUCGAGGUCUGGCGCUAUCUGCUGCUCGAUUCUCGCUUUUGCGUCUCGAGGAAGGGCCACCACACACUAAAAACUGGCGCCCGCAGGUAUUGGUGUUAUGUAAAUUGAACAACGAUUACCUGCCAAAGCAUCGUAAGAUGAUCACAUUUGCCUCGCAGUUAAAGGCGGGUAAAGGACUAACCAUUGUUGCAUCCGUUCUCGAAGGUGACUACCAGAAAAUGGCAGCUGAAGCACAAGCAUCGAAACUAAGUCUGAAACGGGUCCUUCAAGAGGAGCGCGUCAAAGGCUUUGCGGAGGUCGUCGUUGGAAGCAGCGUCGUCUCGUCAAUUGGACAUCUGAUCCAGACCAGCGGACUCGGAGGAUUGAAACACAACACUGUAGUUCUUGGCUGGCCGUACGGAUGGAGACAAAGUCCCGACGAUCAUGCAUGGCGCGUCUUCAUCGAGACAAUCCGUAACGUGUCAGCAAGCAAGAAUGCCCUUUUGGUCCCGAAGAACAUUCAACAGUUCCCGUCUAAUACCGAGCGCGUCCGGGGUACUAUCGACGUCUGGUGGAUAGUCCACGAUGGUGGCCUGUUGAUGCUGCUGCCGUUCCUGCUCAAGCAACACAAGGUUUGGAAGAACUGCAAGUUGCGCAUCUUCACCGUUGCCCAACUCGAGGACAAUUCUAUCCAGAUGAAAAAGGAUCUGGCGACGUUCCUGUAUCACCUCCGCAUCGAUGCUGAAGUGGAGGUUGUCGAGAUGACCGGAAGCGAUAUUUCGGCAUACACAUACGAACGUACGCUAAUGAUGGAGCAGCGUAGUGAGAUGCUCAAACACCUCCGCCUCAAUCGACGGGAGACACUCAGUAUGGUACAAACGAUCAUGGAUCAUCAUCACCACGGUAGCGGUGGACAAAACCACACUUCGAGGGUUCGCUUCAACGAGAACGCCGACGGAUAUGAACUGGUAGAUGUCCAGUCGCUUCAAAUCAGCGGUGGUGGAUCAGCAGCCGGCUCGCGCCGUAGUUCAGCGCAUUCACAGACAGCUGUUGAUGGAACGCCAAUUUCACAGGCCGGCAAAGACAAGUCGCCAGCAGCGGCCUCACCGGCGCAAUCGGCAACUCCUGCGCAAGCAGCGUCACCCAGCUCAGACGCAGGCCCUAAUACAUCACCGGAAGGCUUCGACAACCUACUCAAAAUCAAGCCGGACGAAGCAAACGUGAGACGUAUGCAUACGGCGGUUAAGCUCAACGAGGUGAUAGUGGCCAAGAGUCACGAUUCUCAGUUAGUCAUUAUCAAUCUCCCGGGUCCGCCACGCAUCGCAAAAGGAGAGGAGAACUAUAUGGAAUUCUUGGAAGUAUUGACAGAAGGUCUAGAACGUGUGUUGAUGGUUCGUGGAGGAGGUCGGGAGGUUAUCACCAUCUACUCAUAAGCGGGGUCGACAUUCUAAACCCCACUCUUAUAAGCCGUCUGCAGGGGAAGGCGAUCUGCCAGGAUUAGUACUGAUAAGCCCGCUCGAGCACGGGUCCAGCAUUGAAUACGCAUAGGGAAACAAUCCUAAAGUUAGCAGAAGCCUAAAUGUCCGGAAGAAGCCUCACAAGACGACCGUUGCACGCACCUAACCAAUUUUAGAUCCUCUUCCGCCGUUUCGGCCAGAAGGCUGCCAUCUACGACUAGGACAAACAAUAUGAAUUAUACGAUAUGAAAAAGAAAUAAUUAAGCUAACGGUACUAACGACAAAUAAACCGACCGAGCUGCUAGCCGCCGUCCACUUCGCUUCCAACAGUAAAAUGAAUGCUUAUACAUCAACCAACGAAUAACAUGGCCACGGCAAAGACCAAGUUACAGAAAGGGCUAAAGGUCUUAACUAUAGGUCGAUCAAAUUGCAAAUCUACAUCAAAGAACCGUACGCAAUCAGCCGCAGCAAAAGCAGUCAUCGAAAAGCGUUACUAUAAUUUACUAUUGGUAACUACACCUCGCCGCGCGAGACGUGCCAUCGCUUAAGGCCCGCUGUAGCACAUUUCCAAAGCUAAGUAAGCUUUCACGGAACUCCAUGUAGCAGGCCAAUGCUAGGCCCUUUCAAACACAAUACAUGUAAUAACGUGUAACUUGCUCAUUAAAUCUGCUGUAGCUGCUGUUACACACAGAUUCACUUGUUCAGUGUGCACUAGGCAGCAGCGGUGAAGAAGGGUUCAGCCGUGCAUGAACCCGUUAAACAGCAAAGGUAGUAUUUAUUGGACGGCUCGAACGCGAAAAUGGAGGAAAUUCCGUUCCUUGCGUUCGUCUGUCAUCGCUUGUCUGAGGCUAAAUGACAAUAGAUUUUGUUAUGUGCUAGCAUAUAUUACUACACCUGUGAAUAUUUAAUAGUUGGCCGGCCUUCACAGAUGUCGUGUGGGUGUUACGCAUGAUUUCAACGAUAGCCAGACCGUCGCCAAACUCAGUAGACAAUUCCCCGAUUGGCGAGCAAUGUGUCUAGUGCAAAACGUUUCAUCGUGGCAGACGAUCCCCUAGUUCAUCGAAGCUGUUACGUAAGUCGUAUAGGACAGAUUUUUCACGUUCACACAAGUUUAUCAUCUUUAACUGUAAAAAUGGUGUGUGCUUGAGGCACGACGGCCAAUAUUACGACCAGGGAAAAAAAAACGUCCACGGGAAAUCAUUUGCCGAUCGAAUUCUCGAUAAGAAUUUUGAAAAAUAAAGUUAAUAUGAGCUAGUUAAAGAGCACUAGGCCAUAGUGCUAAAUAAUGUUAUUGUGAACUUCGUAAUCAUUUAUAUAUGCAGUCAGUUACGACUUCACAAAGCCAGUUUAUAUUGCUCUGUGACGAGAUCACGAUUACAGAAUUAGAGAACUUCCCACAGGAAGAGGAAAUUAGCUUCCAACAACUCGGUUCCGGUCGCUAAAAACAGCACGGCGCUGUUAUUAAAUGAUACUUAAAUUGAUGCUCUCAUAUUGUUAACCAAAUUAGUCAGCGUUACCAACGAGGGUGAAAAAUGAUCUAUGAUUCAAUGGAUGAUAUGAUACCUAACUACACAUUAUAUACAUAUGUAUGUGUAAACAUAUUGUUACACGUUUUUGUCAUCAUAACUACUUAUUUACUAUUCCUUAUUCAAUUAUAUAUAAAGGACAAUGGAGAUAAUGGACACAACGUAAUCGUUGUUGCAACAACUGAUAGCCGACUGCCGGUAUUGGGGGCUUGCGAUUAUAACAACGACAACAACAACAACAACAAUAACAAUAACAAAUGUUGUACUUAUUGUUCGUUACAGAAAGGACAGACGUAGAAAAAGAAAAAUAGGCAUUUCGUUUCCAUCCUCCUAUUAGUUUGCCAUCACCGUUCGACGCUACUUGAGAAGCCUAACACUUCAGCUCUAUUACUUUACAACACAAAAAUAGUAUUGCGUAGAUAAUAACAACGUCAAUAACAAAUGAGGUAGCCAGUGAAUGCUGCUGCUGCUGAUGAUAGUGAUCGUUCGAAAUAAUGCUGUCUCGCUAAAUGUAGUCCGCUAAAACAACAAUAGGCUAACAUUCGUCUCGUCUAUUUGCUAAGAUGAAAAACAAUCCGUUGAUAAAACCGGCUAGCGUAACGCGUUUGCUCAUAAAUAUCGUUCGGGAUCGUUCAGUUGCUCUAAAUUUAGCUAAGUUAAGCGGCGCAGAUAACAAGAGUCCGUUUUCGACUACAUGGCACAGAGUUACCAGCAUCUGCGAUUGUAUGACGCUAACUUUCCACGGUGUACAGAUGCGACAAAAGCUCCGCGUCCUCUGAAACUAUUUAUUUACAUAAAGUGCUCGGCUAUGUUGAAAAAAAACCAAGUCACAACAACCACAUGUUACCAGUAGAAAGGCGUAAGAAAUAGCAAUAACGCUACCUUUAUUCAUGCUCAAUAAUAAAUAAGGACUAGUGUAAA